AUGACCAGGCGGCGGAGAUGGACGACCACUUUUCUGGUGUCGAUGGCCAUAGUAUCUGGUCCUUGCAAUGCCGCUACAAAGCCAACAACAUCACAACGUGAAGAAGGAAGACGUCGACAUAAAGGCUCUACUUCUUCUUCAGUACUAGUAGAAGGUGAAGAUGACCUUGAUGACGAUGAAGAUGACCUGGAGCAGACUUCAAAAAUAGGUAAUCAUGAUAGCGAUAGGGAACAAGGUGAAGAUUCAGAUGAAGGAGAGGAAGAGUCAUCGAUUACUCACGAAGACGGUGUUGAGGAUGAAGAAGACUCAGUCUCAGAACCAAUGGACGCUGAACAAGACGAAUCUGAGAACAAGAUGGAGCAGGAGAUGGGUAACUACUACAGAAGUGCAGUAGUGGCUGCAACUACAAAAUCUACAUCUUCACGUACUAGAAACGCAACAUCAAGUACAACAAGGAGUCAGCACCAAGGAUAUCAUCGUUCAUCUUCAUCUGCCUACGUGCCGACUGACCCAGAUAGGUUGAUGAUCUUCUUCGAGAACCCGCCAUUGCCUCUGACAGCGGGACAUCUUUUUAAGGAAGGACUCACUAGCUUUUCAAUAACUCCUUACGUCGCGAUCGCGAAUUGACAGAACGAGACUUCUGAGGAACGAUCGGCACCAUAACUCCAUCUCGCUGCUUUCUGCACAGUGUAACCAUCUCUCACUCUCACAACACCAAGACGAUAAUUCUUCUAGUGCGGACAACACAUUCAUCAUAAUGAAACCACGAGGAUCCACUGCACUUUUACUUGACCCGACCUUCACCACUUCUAAUCAAUCCCUAGUAGAAUCUUUCUCCAUGGCGAGUACAAAACCAGAAGAGCUGAACCCAUUCCACCAAUUUCGGAUAGACGCCGAGCAGGAAGAGGAAAUACAGAACGUGGUAGAUAUGAAAACGAAAGGGCGACUGCAUUCGAAACGAGCCAUACAGCUUCAGCAAGAGGGAAAACUGAAGAAGAAGAAUGAAGCAUGCCAAAUUAUGAUUGAAAAUACUGAUAAGGUCAAGUAGUACCGGAGUACAUACUUCUAUAUGGUGAAGACGAAGAGAUGUCGUGUCGUGGUUAACAUUGGCAACCCCAAAUGUUUAUCUUUAAAUUUAUAGUGAGCUUCAGCUGGGUCUCCUCCGAUUCGCCGCCCUGUCGCCCUUCUGGUGACUCCAUGGCUUUGAAUCUUUGCUAACUUUUUUUCAUCGUUGCGCUUCGUUACUUCCUCCAACUUCUGAGGUAGCAGGGUGUCAGCGUAUAGUCUAGGUGUUGGUAUGCUUGCCAAUGAUAGGCUCCAUGUAAUUAUGAAACGAAAAAGUGCACUCACACUCAAGAAAUUGGCUAGGAUUUAUGUAGGAAAAUAGCCACUUUUUUUGAGUGUGAGAGCACUUUUUUCUUUCAUAGUAAUGUAACGCGUUCACGCUGUAUUUGUUGUUAAAAAUUGUGAAAACGAACUUGUUGCAUGAUUUGUUGAGGAAAAUAACGACCUCCUCCACCGCCUCUAAGGCAGUGUCUUCCUUUGAGAAAAUCGCAACGCCAGUGCCUCAAUACUUCCGGGAUCUAGAAGAGUACUUCGACAAUUACGUGAAUUCCAGUAUCCGGAUCGUCCCCAAUGGGUUUGCGCAAGUGCGUUUGGGGGAUAGCGAGAUGGGCCUCUUGAAUUUUGACGACGACAUGAAAAGAGCUAAGGGUCGUGCGAAUGCAAUUUUUGGGAUGUUGUCACUGGGAGAACGCAGGAGUGGAGUUUGGGUGGUGGGUAGCAGUGCUGCCAGACGGGGGAAUAGUGCUAGUGCUAGAGGUAAGAAGGGAACUCGAAGAAAUAGUACUAGAUUACAUGCAGCUGCACAAGAUGAAUUAGGACCUCCUUCAGGCGCUUCCAAGAAGACAAAAAGAAGAUCUAGAAGUACUAGUAGGAGAUCUUCAACAUCGCUAAGAGAAUCUGAAUCAUCUACAAGGAAAAAGAAGAGGUUUUCAGACUUCUUCAAACCGGAAGAUCUUCAUGAGAAGCGUUUUUUUUUUUCGCCACGAGGCAGAGACUUCCAGCCGAUUUUCACACGGACGUCUUCUAUUAAGAGAAAGGGUUGCGGUGUAUGUGUAUGAGUAGUCAGCGCACGAGUAGUACUCUUCAGCAGCAGUGGAGAUGACAUGAUUACCUACUCAAGGAUCACUCGCUGACUCCCACCACGAGAAGAACAGAGGGCUUCCCAAUUACUUAACCGUGCUUGGGAAGAAGUACUAACUAAGUGUAAGUCCUAAACACUCUUCUUAUAUUAAACACUCUUCUUCCUCUUCCACCACGACUUCCCCCCCUGUACACACCUCCACUACCUUCCACUCUAAUACCCUGAGCCUCAAAAAUCCUUGCAUAUCGGAGCAGUUCUCUAGAGUGGUUGCUGCCCAGACUACGCAACUUCAUCGCGACUUCGGAAACUUCUUUCUCUGUUCGCAGAGGCCGAAAUAUCAGUAAGGCAGGUGGUUAAGUGAGAGUGAGUACAACUGAAGAAGCCGAAAUAUCAGCAAGGCAUACGUCCGUCAUCUUAACUGGUACUUCAUUUAUCAACGAGAAAUAUGAUUAUGAACAAGAACUUCGACCAAUUACCACCCAUCAUUCUUCUAAUCGUAGAAUAUUUAUUAUGCGAAAUCAUGAUCACACAACCCUCUAACUCUAGGAUAUGCGGAAUCGCGUGGAGAAUUUUGCCAGCGAUUUGCUAUCCUGGCAAGGAAGGCAUGGAGGUCCUAUUUUUAAUGGCGCGAAACUACUGCGUCGCAAUGGCGGAACUGGAAGUGCUUAUGGGCUUGCUGGUUGAAGAGUUUUUGACAUGCUUGAAGAUCAUACGUGGGGGCUGUUUUCAAAGGAAGUGGACGUGGAUCUUUACUCGAGGAGAAAUUGGAAAAUGGGAACAACUCGUUCAUGAUCUCCUCUUUCAGUGAUGUGUUCAGACAUACCCCUCUUGAUAGUCUGCAGAGGUGAGGCUGUAAUAGUCAAUACUCGUUGUACAUCAAGGGGAACAACUUUUAGAUAUAAUUACUAUGAUACAUCGAUAGAAGCUAUCCUCCUGCAAUAGUUUUUUACUACUCACGACUACAACUCGUCUAACAUAUCACAUCGAGGAGCAACAAGCACAAGGACCUACCUUGGUCUCGCGAUAUCUUCUACUUGUUUCAUCCCGACGCUCUCUUGGAUCCGAUGAGAUCGAUGCUGGAGGUGGGGAAACGACCACUGGUCCUGAUUGGUCCGCCCCAUUUGCGGUCACUAUCGUGCUUAAGGAAAUCGUGAAAGAUAAUUUUCACCUGAAGGUUUCCAAUUUUCGGUCGCAGAGCUCGUGGGACUGACUUAGAUUGACAAUAGAAGCUGGUAUACGUGGUCGUGGUAUAAAAGAUAUCGCACUAGCUACAGAUAAUAUUCCAAAUAUUAUCAGUCACUAACCGUGACGUUUCUUCUUCUUCUUCUUCUUCUUCAUCUUCUUCAUCUUCUUCUUCUUCUUCUUCUUCUUCAUACUACGGCUGGCUUCCGACAAAACGGGCGUUUCUGGCUGCUCCACCUCCUCACGAGAGCUCAGAGUGCGAUCAAAGGGCAAAGAACAGAUUAAAACAAGAAAUGAAAGAACAGAGUAUAAUAAUCUUAUUGGCUUUUGGUGGCUCUUUAGCAAGCUGCUAUCACCUUCCAUUUCUUACUAUUCGAAAACUCAAAAUAACCGAGUUACUGACUGAAAUAAGGGAGGUAGCCUUAGCGGGCUACUCUUUGUCUUCCUCGUUCAGUAUCUCGGAUAUUCCGAUCAUUUAGACUUGCUUAAAUUUCUGUUUUUUGAAAGCUGCAAGUACAAAUACAUCCUCCAAACUCCCCACAAACAGGUCUUCGCUUUCCUGAUGAGACGGUAACAUUUCUUUAUUCCGGUUCGGUCUACAUGAAGAUCAUCGCUGCAGAAGCGUUCUUUGAGAAUCCGGAGAUCAGGAAUACUAUGGAGGCUUCUUAGAAUGUCUCAAUGUAGUCAUCCAUCAGGUGGACUCCUAGUACGUAAGUACUUCUAUACCAACUAGUACAACUAGGAGUGCUUCUAUAGAUACCAACUACAACUAGUAGGAGUGAAUCCCUUCUCUGAGAUCAUCAUCAUUAUCUAUGGGCCGCUUUCUUUGCUUUUGCUUAGGCUUAGUAAAAACUCCUUUGUUCCCAUUUCCUUUCUCUAAUCUCAAAGACCUCAUUCUCGAUAUGGGUUCAGUCUUCGACGCUGCUGGAGGCAAGGCUUCACGCGACUACAACAGGGACUGGCAGCACAACUGUCAAAAUUUUGCUGCAGCCAUGACCUGUGAGACGUGCCACAAGCAUUGCCUGAACCUUGGAAAGGGCGACAAGAAAAGCGAUGGAAACAAGUCCAGAUACGUUAAGAAGAUGAAAGUUAAGGCAGAAGUACGUAUGCAUGAUAGGUUGAUGGACAACGUAUGUGAUAUGAAUUUGAUAUAUCGUACUACAAAUAUGAUAUAGGGUGGGCAUUAGUUGUGGGAGUUGACCUUGUGUCAGCUGCCAUUCUGUCUCUACGGUGAUCAAGAAUGGCCAUAACAGGGACAUACACAUGACGGGAUAGUUAGAAGAGGAGCAGCGAGUUCAACAAGUUCUCCAUCGACUGUUCUUAAUCCUAGAGUUGUAGAACAUUAUGUUCAACAACCUCCGCUAAUCAACGCAGAAGGGCUUCCGCCAGCAGCUUUCUUCUAUCGAGUUUUCGAGCAUUGAUGGAGAAAUUUGGCGUGGGGGAGCAUGUUGCGGGAACGACACCAGCAGUGGAGGGAGAGAACGAGGAGGAGACAAGCUCAGAAAAUGAAGCAGAGAGUCAACAGGGAGGUAUGAGUUUCCUCCAAGAACAGGAUACUCAAUCUAGGUUAUCAACCUCCCUAGAGAUGGAGGAGGACAGCGCAUCCCUGACCUAUGACGCCUCCGAGAUGACAAUGCUAGGAAAUGAUCCUAGUAUUUGCGCCGGCUGCCGAGCUGAGACGGAAGGGCCGCAGGAUGACUGCACGGUGGGGUGAAAUAAAGGUAGGUACUAGAAGGAAUAUGAAUAUCUAUCAGUCUCAGAAAAUUGGUUGAGCUGCUGGAACCCGUUGUAGUUGUAGUUGAAUUGUGGACUUGAGCCGCAUUUGAUGAUGAUGGCAAAAAUAGGUGGUAGGUACCGAAGAUGCGAGAAAGAUACCUGAAGAGCUGAGGAAGGGCAUAGGCCCUAAACCCUAACCCUUACAUGUAGAAAUCAGAUGUUCAGACUAUUUUGACACCUAACGACGCACAGAACUAGCAAACUGUACAGAUUCGAGAAAUAAAUGUACUACCUGUAAUAUUUGAGGUUACAUCUUCUGCUGUAGAGCGACUCGAAAACAUAAUGAAAUUGCCCAGUCUGUUGCCGCAAGCUGCCUGGGCACAGGUAAUUGUGAAGAUUCUUGAUCCCUUUUUGAACCGUUUUUCAGAUUCAUGCCAACUUUUUCAGACUUUCUAUGAUAGGCAAGAAUAAACAAGGAUUGCUAAUAAAAGUCCUCCUGGAACGACCUGGUUCUUGACUGAUAAGUAAACAAGUCUUCUAGUGUUCUCAACCGCGGAUACGGUCACAACCGCGGACGAUACG